AUGAAUGUGAAGAUUACACACAUCAAAGUGCAAUGUUCAGUUCCAAUAAUAAUUGGAAUAAUGAUUAUUCUGCAUUGCAGGAGGUUGGAUUAGAAUAGAUGAUCCUCAGGGUCCCUUCCAACUCAACAGUUCUAUGAUCCUAUAAUAUGCUAUGUUUACUUUUUAAAACAAAAAACUGGCCCUUCUUAAAGAUCAAAGCAGUACUGAAAAUGGGAACAAUUGCUUGAAUCUCUGUCUUGCUUCCAAAGAAUGGGGAGAGCGCUGAUUGAUGCUUUUGAAAUCGCCCCAAUGCACCCCAUUUUUUUUGAAACAAGCCAUAUACUGUAUUCGAGAAUAUAUAAUAUAGUGCAUUAUUUAUAAAUAUAUAAAAUAUGCUAUAUUUAAUAUACAUGUAUUUAUAUUAUGUGUUAUUUAUACCCCGCCUUUUUUUCUCUGACAAGACUUGAGGCGGCUUCUAUGCACAAAACCCCCCAAAAAAGGACCCACCUUGGUAGUUGGGCGCCCUAAACGCACCUUCCCUUCCCUUCCUACUGCGCCUGCGUCCCCGACGUCCCCGCCCACAGAACGUCGAAUCAACACAGAGACUGCAGUUCCGGCCCGAAGCUCGAAGGCUUUUUCUAUCCCAGCUCCCACAGCGAAACACCCGAGGGGUUUCCACCAUAGAGUUUUUUCCCCUUCUCCCCCGCCCCUUUCGCGUCCUCGCGGAACGCGUCUUUUCAAGGGUCGCUCUAGGCGUUCCGCCGAACAACCAUUCCCCCCACCCACCCACACGCGCUUCUCUAUGGUUCUCGCGGUUGCUACGAGACGGCGAGGCGCGAGCGCGCUGCCAUAGCAACUCAACGGCGGCGGCGGCGGCGGGCCGCCUCGUCCCUUUCGAGAAAGAGCGCGAGGGAGGGCGAGGGGUUUAAAAGCCCCGGCGAGGUAAAUGGCCUCCGCUUCUGCCGCUUCUCCUCGAGUCGCCGGGGGCCGUUUCAACCCCGGAGGGGAGGGGACAUUCGCGAGGCAAAAAACUGCAUAAUACAUAUAUAUAUAUCCAUUUGUGAUAAGUCAUUGUGGUAUUAAUCCUGCCGUCUCUUUCCCAAACUCAGAGGGCACAGUUUGUUGGUGGGUAGGUGUAUAUAUAUAUAUAUAUGUAUAUGUGUGUGUGUGUGUGUGUGUGUGUGUGUAUAUAUAUAUAUAUGUGUGUGUGUGUGUGUGUACGGAAGUAGCCAAGGGGGGCAGUGACCCUCCUCCAAAUCAAAUAAAUCAAUAGAAAUCCUUAACUAACUGAGGUUCUGCCCGCCCCCAACAUAAAUCCUGGCUAUGCCCGUGUCCAGAAUCUCUUGCACAGCCAGGAUUAAUCCUGUGCGAUCACAGCCCUCCCCCCCGCCAAUCGUGUACAGUGCACAGUUGUACACGGGUGAGCUUUUACCACUUUUUUGUUGUUGAAAGCAGUAGAUGUUAGAUGCAGAGAACAGUCCGUAACCUACACACAUACAUAAAGGUAAAGGGAGCCCUGACCAUUAGGUCCAGUCGUGGUCGACUUGGGUUGCGGCGCUCAUCUCGCUUUACUGGCCAGCAUGACUAAGCCGCUUCUGGCAAACCAGAGCAGCGCACGGAAACACCGUUUACCUUCCCGUCGGAGCGGUACCUAUUUAUCAAACUGCUAGGUUGGCAGGAGCAGGGACCAAGCAACGGGAGCUCACCCCGUUGCGGGGAUUCAAACCGCCGACCUUCUGAUUGGUAAGUCCUAGGCUCAGUGGUUUAACCCACAGCACCACCCACGUCCCAUGACACACAUACAUACUCAUUUUUAAAAGCCUGCUGGAUGUGUGAACAGAUUUUUUUUUUCAUGUACAAGCAGGGACAUUUUCAGGAUCAGCCGUCUGCUUUAGGCUCCUGUAGUUGACACUCAAUGGUACCCCAUAGCUACAAUGCUUCUCUCUCUCUCUCUCUCUCCCACCCACCCACUUCAAUUCAGACUUCCAGUAUGUUUGCUUGAAAGCAAUUCCCAGUGAAUUCAAUAGUAUUCAUUCCUAAGAGAUAAUGGCAACAAGCCUAACACCUCAUUGAACUCAGUGGGAUUUACUUCCAAGUAGGUAGGCACGUGAUUGAGUUUUAUAUGUAGGAUUGCAGCCCUUUAAGACAAGCAUCUACUUGAUUAGCUAUGCUUCUUGACCUUGACCUUGACCCAGUGUGGUGUAGUGGUUAAGAGCGGUAGUCUCCUAAUCUGGGGAACCGGGUUCGCGUCUCUGCUCCUCCACAUGCAGCUGCUGGGUGACCUUGGGCCAGUCACACUUCUUUGAAGUCUCUCAGCCCCACUCACCUCACAGAGUGUUUGUUGUGGGGGAGGAAGGGAAAGGAGAAUGUUAGCCGCUUUGAGACUCCUGAAGGGGAGUGAAAGGCGGGAUAUCAAAUCCAAACUCCUCCUCUUCUUCUUCUUUGGUGACUUUUGGUCUCUUUUUGUGUUAGUAUUGAUGCUGCAAUAUACAAAUUUUGCGCUGAGAACAAAUCUGAAGGAAAUGUUCUAGAAAGGGAAAUUGUUACGUAUGUGUGGGGAAAUUUGACCAGGGAGGGAGGAUCAACAAACAGCGAUGCUGCUGCUGCUGCCAUGUUCAAGAAGAUCAGGCGCUGUGGCAAGGCCAGUACAUGUCUUUUGAGUUAUCCAGGUAAAUCUUCAUUAUCCAAAGUAAGACAGCUUGAAAUAGCUUCAUAGAAUUGUAUAGUUGGAAGGGGUCCUGAGGGUCAUUUGUUUAGGAAUAAUGUUCUUUUUAGUUUUCUUAGCUUUCUGGUUUUGGACCUAGUACAACCAUGCCUGUUCCAGAUGUUAUGUUCUGUGCGCAGCAGAUCCAUGUUCCUCCUGAACUGCCAGAUAUUAUGAAACAAUUUACCAAGGCUGCUAUCAGGACCCAACCGCGUGAUGUACUUCAGUGGUCUUAUGCGUGAGUAGAAAACUGAAACUAAUGGCCCUGAUACAGAAGUCUUCACAUAACAAUCACUAUUGGAUAGCAUCUCUGUGGGAGUGGCCAACUGGCAACACAGGCAAAGCCCCCUUGCACAACUUCCAAAGCCAACUGGUUAUCAGGAGCUUCUGAAGCUUUCUGCAAAGCAGGAUUAUACUUUGUCAUUCUUGCUUGGUCCAGGAGCAUAAGAAUGUUUCCUGCAGAGAACUCUCACUCACCUGCACCCAGCGCUAAUCAGGACUGACCUCCCCAUGCAUUGCCUGAUGCAAGGGGAGGUCAGCCCAGCAGGUGUGCUAGAGAACUUUUGUGUACAGAAAUCUGCUCAGUUUAGCAGGUUAUGAGCCAAUUUGGCAGGUUUGGCUCAUGAAUGUUACUGUCUCGCUUAGACAAAAUGAUAAUAAAAACAGUGAGUUGAAAAAAGACAGUUCCUGAGGAUGGAGAAAUGGCAGUCCACUCAAAGUCCUAACCAAAUUGGCAUUCUUGAGCAUUUUGGCCUAAACAACAUUAAUACAUUGGUGUGCAAUGGCAGCUGAACAACCUCUAAGAAUGAGAAAAUAAAUGUUUCCCAAUAGGUAGCAGAAUUGUGGCAGAGAGAGAUGCUUAGUUAUUUUACCAUUAGUAGUUUUCUACCUGCAAGGCCUCAUCCCAUGGGAUUUUAAAUCCAUGUUUCCCUGCAUUAUGGGAGGAAAAGUCUCCCUACUCCCUUCCACCCUAACAGGAAGUGGCUUUUUCUCCUUGAAAGGGCCUAUUGGGCCACCAUUAUACACAUCUGACCUUUAAAUUCAUUUCCUGAUUUUGAAUAUUUAUUUAUUUGACCUGAACCAUAUUUUUGCAUUUGUGCUAUCAUAGGUAUUUCUAUGCUUUGUCAAAGGGAGAACCUCUUCCUGUGAAGGACCGUCUUGAAAGGCCAGUAGCCACACAGAAAAAUGACACUGGUCUGACUCCAGGACUCCUUAAAAUUUUGCAUAAACAGGUAAAAGUCUUUGCAGAAUGUGCCCUCAGUAUUCCUAUGAAACAUCUUUAAUUUUUUUUAAAAAAACAGCUCGCAACCUAGGGAGAAUGCUGUAUAGAUUUUAAAAUGAUUUAAACAUCUAAUAUUAAUGUUCUUUUAGAAGUAACUUUUCGUGCUGUUUUCUUAUGGUUUAUUUAUGAUGUACAUGUGUUUUUAAAGCUCUCUGAAAAGGAAACUGUGGAAAUAUCGGACCUUCAGAGAAAGUGGAAAAACUUGUGCUUGCCAAUGGAACAGCUCCGCAACCUUCUUCGACUGGGCAAUUUUGCAGAAGGAGUGGAAUGGAUGAAGUUCUUUGCCCUUGCAUGUAGCGCUCUUGGUGGGGUAUGUAGGCCUGUCAAACAUAGUGUGUACCUGUUUGCAGUGUUUAGAAUUUUGAAAGAUCAAGAUUCCUAUAUUUAUGUUCUCUCUCUCUCUCUGGAGUUUGAGACAUGGCUUAGCUCACAGUUUUUCAACUUUGUAUUGGAAAUCUACUUUUCAAAAUUUGGAAACAGUUUCACAUUCAUCAUUCAUUACAGAGGUGACAUGUUUCUUCCUUAACAGUAUCAUUUAUUUGGUUCCUAAUAUUCACCAAGAGCAAAUUAUCUGAAAUUUUCAGUUUGAGUAGAAAUUAAGAGACCAGGUCAUAGCAGAAAUUAGGAGUAAUGUGUACCUGAAUUGCAGAUUCAUUUCAUGGUGCCAUUCAAUUAUGCCUGUUUAGUUGCACUGGAUGUAAUUAUUUUUUUUAAUGUUAUACUGAGUUUCUUUUUGGUUUAUAAACAGAUUACCUAUCACCUUUUAGGAUUACACUAGUAAACUGAGGAGUGCUUCAGAUUUUAUGAAUACAUUAAUCAGAAAACAUGUAUGUGAAUGUAAAAGCAUGUGAAUCCUAGUAGAUUGUUACAGCCUGCUGAUGGCACAUGCUUCUGUGCAGUUUUCCAGCACAUCUCUGUGCAAUUAGCCAUGACUUCCUGGCAGAUGCAAUAAAUUAGAAACAUGCAGCAUCAUCACACAUGAUAAUUUCUACACAAUUUCCAUACUUUUUGCUAAUAUAUCAUUGGUGUUUGAUCUGGCUCUUGCAGUGGCUAUGCACAGAUCACUCUGUACUUUCAUCACUUCACUUUAUUGUAGCGCAUGACUGCUAAUGUAUGCUUGCCUUUUAUCUUUUUCAGUCCUUACUCAGUUCUAUGAAACAUGCCUGUGAAAUUCUUACAAAUGAUCCAGAAGGUGGAGCAGCCCGCAUUCCAUAUGACACUUUUGCAUUUAUCUAUAGCUACUUGGCUAGCUUAGAUGAGGAGAUAACGGAGGAAUCUACUGAGAAAUUCCUCAAGGCUCUUAAAGAACAAGUGUAAGUAUUAAUUGGAUGUCUGAAUGUAAUAGAAUCCAGAUUUGGCUUGGAACUGCAUUUUAGUCAAGCAGGCUCUUUUUAUUUGUUCUUCUGAAGCUAUGGUUUUCACGAGCAGAUUAACAUAUUUUUUCACCAGUUUUGAAGGAGAAUUGCUCUUUGAAGUUUCCCCUGUAGCUGCUUCUUGCGGCUUCUUACAAUGUAGUUUGUACAGUUGAGUUGAGAAUUUGGUUACCGAAAGAAAAAAUAAAACAGCAAUAAAAAGUUUUAAAAUAUUAAUAAUAUUUGCCUGUUUUAAAUUGAGAAUUAAAUUAGAGUGGAAAUAUUAAUCUGCACUGAGGCUUAUGCUAACCAUGGUUACCUUUAAUCCUAGCUUGCAAACCAGUUUCAAAUUCUGUUUAAAGUCAGCUACGGUUAGGCUUGCUGCAAACGUAAUUCUACUCAAUACUUUAGGCUGAAAAAUGAAGGGAUAAGGAGAUUAAUGUGGCAGUCGAGAGGAGAAAACGUGCCUUUGUCCUGAUCUUUUAACCAUGGUUACGAGAUUGGGAAACUGGCUGCGGUCAGAUCUAACAGUAAGCAGUGGUUCAGUGUAAUGAAAAUGUGCCUAGCCUCCCCCAUGCUUGUGUAUGUUCCCUGCACCCCAUCCACUCCUCCAACAUGGCGAUAAUUAGGACACUGGAAGCUUAGGUUCAUAGAGAGCUGGGUCCUACUAGUCCAUCGAGUAUUGUCUAUACUGCUUGGCUUUGGCUCUCAAACACUUCAGGCAGGGAGUCUUUCCCUACUUGGGUAUGCCAGGAAUUGAACCUGGAGCCUUCUAACGCAAAGCAGAAGCUUGAGUUGCUGUCCUUCCCCAGCCCUCCUGCUUCCCUUUUAGAUUAACCAUAGCGUAGCGUGUGGUCCAAACUCUUGUGUGGUUAAUUUUAACUAUGGUUAGUGAAAACAAGCCAGCUUCACAAACUAUGGCUUGAAGUUGGCUCAUUUCCCCUAGCUGUAGUUCAGAUUAUGCACACAGUUAAUCUAAAAUAGUGAAAGUUUCUAAACUCAUGUCCGAGAAAAUUGAGUCCAUGUGUGAGCCCAGGGGCAGGCCGUUACAUUUGCAAUGGGUCAAGAUGUUAGACUAUUACAUCUAUGCAGUACUGUGGUAGCUAGCAUAUAAUUAUGGGGAUGGCCAUGCUUAGAGAAAUAUAUUCAAACUACUUUUCACCUCCAAAUACACACUUUCUUUUAGUAAAGGCUGGAUAUGAUACGACCUUAACAGUUCACUACAUUAUAACCCACCUUAUUAAUAGGGUUAUAUUAAUAUAUUAAUUUGACUGUUAUAUUAUAAUGCUGGUAUCCUAGCUUAUGGUUGAUGUACACGAUUUAAACAAGAAGGUACAUACAUAUAGAGAUUUGAGGAUCUAGCUUGUGGAAUAGAAAUAUCCCUAUACACAUCUCUGAAAAUAUUACCGUGAGUUCCUCUUAUUUUAUGCAAAUGUUUUCAUGUUAGAAUUGCAUCCAAAUGGGAUGAGAGGAAGUACCACAGAAUGAAUGUAAACUGAAAUUAAGUUUCUUUGGGCAUUAAUAAUGAAAAGUAAUACAUUUUCUUGUAAUUUUAGGUCACGCAAGGAAGAUAUGGUUGGAGUUGCAGAUUUCCGUCCGCUAAAGAAACCUUAA